AUGUCACCAACUUCAGUAGAGAAACCUGUUGAAGCAACCGGAAAACAUUAUGCGAUGGGUGAGGAAGGCUCACACAACUUGGCCAAAGGAAUGGAACAUCCACACAAGUUACCCCAGUUUGAAAAUCCAUACGAUAAGAGAAAAUGGAUGUUGGAACAUAUGGCAGGAGCAUUCCGAGUAUUUGGACGUAAGGGCUACUCAGAGGGCUCGGCUGGGCAUAUCUCCAUUAAGGAUCCCGUUACCCCAGGAACAUUUUGGAUUAAUCCAUUGAAUAAGCACUUUUCGUUGAUGAAGUCCAGUGAUUUGGUUCAUAUAGAUUUGGAAUGUAAUGUUUUGGAAGAGGGAAACCAAGCGGCGGUGAAUGCAGCGGGUUUUUCAAUCCAUGCGGCUAUUCACAAAGCUCGUCCAGAUAUUGUGUCGGCUUGCCAUACGCACCUGAUUCAUGGUAAGACAUACCUGACAUUCGGAAAGGAGUUGGAAAUGAUCAACCAGGAUGUGUGUAUCCUUUAUCAAAGGCACUCUGUAUUCAGUAACUUCGGUGGAGUGGCUUUAGACGAAAGAGAAGGAGAAGAAAUCGCAGAAGCGCUUGGUCCCGAUGGGCUUGGUGUGAUUUUGCAAAAUCACGGACUUCUUAGCGUUGGGAAGACUGUUGAUGAGGCAGCAUUUCUUUUCAUUUUAAUGGAAGACUCUUGUCACGCGCAAUUGUUAGCUGAUGCUGCAAGUGCUGGAGGUUACAAGAAACAGAUCAUUAAUGACGAAGUUGCGACCUAUACUCGACAUAUGACAGGAGACCCGGAAUCUUUAUAUGCUGAAUUCCAACCUGAUUUCGAAUUGGAACUUGAAUUAACUAAUUCUGCUUUCCUCAAGUAA